AUGCUUGCAUCCCUCGCUUUCGUUCUUUCGCUCGCAGCAUCUGCUGUCGCAGCCCCAACGGCACUGGUGCCACGCGCUGGGCGCACAUCUGCUCCUGCAGGCUGCUUGGCUGUCGGUGGUAGCGGAAAGUACAAGACUGUCCAAUCGGCUGUUGACGCACUCAGCGCUUCCGGUACGGCUGCGCAGUGCAUCUACAUCGCCAAAGGCACCUACAAGGAGCAAGUCUACAUCAAGCCGUUGAAGUCAGCCUUGACCAUCUACGGCGAGACUACAGACACCAGCAGCUACAGCGGCAACACCGUGACCAUCACCCAAGGCAAGAGUCAGGACAAUACUCCCAACAAUGACGAAACUGCCACUCUCCGCGCAUGGACUCCAAACCUAAAGGUUUACAACAUCAACCUGGUCAACACUCGUGGACUGGGCUCCCAAGCUCUUGCCCUGAGUGCCAACGCCGACAAGCAAGGCUACUAUGGGUGCCAGUUCAUGGGCUACCAAGAUACCAUCCUUGCCCAGGUUGGUAACCAGGUCUAUGCCAAGUCCUACAUCGAGGGUGCCACCGACUUCAUUUUCGGUCAGAAAGCCACUGCAUGGUUCGAAAACGUCUCUAUCGGUGUUCUCGCAGCUUCGCAGGGCUAUGUUACCGCAAACGGUCGCGAAUCAGACAGCAAUCCCUCAUACUACGUAAUCAACAACUCGAAGAUCGCCGCGGCCCCUGGUAAUACGGUCAAGGCCGGUGCGUACUUCCUCGGUCGCCCUUGGAGAAACUACUCUCGUGUCGUCGUCCAGAACACCAGCAUGACCAACGUCAUUAACGCCGCGGGCUGGAGGGCCUGGAACACCGACGACCCCAGGACCGACAAGGUCACAUAUGGCGAGUAUGCGAACACUGGUGAUGGAUCCAAGGGUACCAGGGCGUCCUUCUCGAAGAAGCUCACGGCUGCUGUUGGCGUCUCUACGGUGUUGGGUAGCGACUACAAGAACUGGGUUGAUGCAGCCUACAUGUCUUAG